UGGCUGCUGGGCAGGGUUUUGCUAGCAGCUCCUGAAACCAUGGGGCUGGGCUGUAGGUAUUUUGUGAGCUUAGUGCUGCUCUGGUCCCUGGGGACAGCCCUUGGGCAGGGGGACUUCCUUGGGAUCAGUUUCUCUGUCUUGCAGCGUGGGUAUGAGUAUGACUGUGGAGACUAUGGGAUGCAGCUGUUGGUCUUUCCCAGCCCAGGCCGCACUGUCCGCUUCAAAGUUGUGGAUGAGUUUGGGACAGCCUUCGAGGUUACUAACUGCUCCAUCUGCCUCCACUGGGUCACAUCUCCCCAGGAAGGGGCGGUGAUCUUCUCAGCAGGCUACAAUGGCUGUCAUGUGCUGAAGAAGGAUGGCCGUAAUCACCUGCGGGUCCGUGUAGAAGAACUGCUGAGCACCAGGGCUGUUGCUGCCACCCGUGAUGUGAACAUGACCUGCCCCAAGCCCACUGAACAUGACUUAACCCCAGAGGAGACCAUGCGCUACGUGCCGCAGCCGGGCCCGGUGCCUCAGCCGCAGCCGGGCCUGGUGCGCCCGGUGCCUCAGCCGCAGCCGGGCCUGGUGCGCCCGGUGCCUCAGCCGCAGCCGGGCCUGGUGCCGUACAUCUAUCCUCCACUAAGUAAUAUAGGUGCCCGCCUGACACCAGAGCAGUGCCAAGUGGUGGCUGGGAAGAUCCCCUGUGCAAAUGCCCUUGACCAAGCUGCCUGCUUCCAGGCUGGCUGCUGCUAUGAUGGGACUGACCCAACUACUCCUUGCUACUAUGGAAACACAGUCACUCUUCAGUGCCUCAUGGAUGGUCACUUUGUUCUGGUGGUCUCCAGGGACAUGUCUGACCACCCCAUCAUCCUGGACAAUGUACGGCUAGCCUAUGCCCAGGCAGGGUGCAAUCCCAUCAGGAUGACAGAGGCUUUUGUGCUCUUCCGCUUCCCCGUCACACAAUGUGGCACCACAGUACAGGUGAUUGGGGACAAAUUGAUCUAUGAGAAUCAGCUGAUCUCUGGCAUUGACAUACAGACUGGGCCACAGGGCUCCAUCACUCGGGACAGCACCUUCAUCCUCCAUGCUCGUUGCAUCUACAAUGCUAGUGACUUCCUGCCAGUCCAGGUCAAGGUCUUCUUGCCCCCUAUACCUGCACCAGUCACCCAUGCAGGACCCCUCCGGUUUGAGCUGCGCAUCGCCACAGACCUGAGCUACACAUCCUAUCUCACGGAGAGAGACUAUCCUGUGGUGAAGGUGCUCAGGGACCCAGUCUAUGUGGAGGUUCGCAUCCUGCAGAGAACAGACCCAUCCCUGGUUCUGGUUCUGCACCAGUGCUGGGCCACCCCAAGUGCUAACCCCCUGCAGCAGCCACAGUGGCCCAUCCUGGUGGACGGGUGCCCAUUCCUAGGAGACAACUACAGAACCCAGCUUGUGCCCAUGGGCCCUGCCUCAUCUGAGCUGCCCUUCCCAACCCAUUACCAGCGCUUUGUCCUCUCCACCUUUGCCUUUGUGGACUCUACUUCCCAGAUGGUGCUCGAGGGACUGGUGUACAUCUUCUGUAGUGCUGCUGCCUGUUCACCAUCCCAGCUGGAGUCCUGCAAGACCAUAUGCCCAUCAGGGGUAACUGCAAGAGGCCGUCGGUUCCUGACUAUCCAAAAUGAGACAGAGCCUGUCAAUGUGGUGAGCUCUCGUGGGUCUGUGACUUUCCAGAACAGCCCAGAGGCAUUCAAAGAGCCAGUCUAGGGAAUGAAGACCCUGUCUCUAGACUGGACUUGUCCCCUGUGCUCCUGGCUGGGCUCUUGCUGGUGGUUGUGGGCUCCAUCCUCAUUGCUGUGAUCAUGCUUUGGAAGAGAAAAGGAUGGAUGACCAGGUUCCAAAACCCUCAUGAAGGAACAUUGUAACAAAAAACAAUAAAACUGGUUGUAUUCUA